UCAGAGGAAAACUGAGGCUACGACUUAGAAAACAUAGAAAGAUCCGUCAAUUAUUUAAGAUUAUAUAGUCUCCUUGUCAAUUUGUUUGUUAUUUAAACCCGUGUUGUUUUGUAAACCCUAACAUACCCACUGUGUUUCCUGAAAACUCUGCAACAACUCAACCGGCACUGAGACUUGGUAGUCGCUGAGUGGGCAUUAUCCCCAUUCCUUAGCUAGUUAGCUAGCUAGCUAAAGGUGCUAGUUUAGCUAGCUAGCUAACUAACUAUCGUGAAUUCACGGUGCUCAGCUCGACCAGUUCUCAGCACAACGUCCAAACCGAUUUAUCAUGGAGAACGAUGCUUGUGUUGAGCAGAAAAUUGUCGCCGCAGCUGUGGAUCAAGUAAAGCAGCAGCUUACACCCGCAGCUCCUUACAGAUACACAAAGGAAGAGCUUCUUGAAAUCAAACAAUUGCCAGUCUCCAAUGAAAGGCCAGAAUGUCUCUGUGAGAAAUACGACAGUGAUGGUGUCUGGGACCCUGAGAAGUGGCAUGCCUCACUGUAUCCCGCUUCAGAGCGGAGCUCACCAGUGGAUGGUUUUAAGAAGGACUAUGUUGAUGACAGAGUUCCCCUGAAACGAAGAAUCCCAGAUCCUCGUGAGCGACUAAAGGAGGAUGAUCUGGACGUCAUACUGAGCCCACAGCGACGCAGCUUUGGAGGUGGAUGUCAGGGCAGUGCUGCACCCGCGCCCCACAUCCGUCGCCCAAUCAGCCCGCUGGAAAAUAAGGAGAAUGAAAGUCUUCGUCUAGGAGGGGCACGAAGAAUCGGCAGUGGGCGCAUCAUUGCUGCCCGAGCCUUUGAGAGAGAAGCCCGUGCAGAAAAAGAACGGGAACGUGAGCGAGAAUAUAAAGAUAAAAGAUUCAGGAGAGAUUUUGGUGACAAACGUGUCUUCAGUGAAAGAAGAAGGAAUGACUCAUACGCAGAGGAAGAGCCAGAGUGGUUCUCUGGGGGCCCAACAAGCCAGUCUGAAACGAUUGAACUCAUUGGAUUUGAUGACAAAAUCCUGGAAGAUGACAAACGCAGGUCCAAGCGGUCAAGAAAGCGAACGGAGUCUGUGAAAGAAGUGGAAUGUAAUGGUGGGCAAGUGGAAGGGCAACAUGUGCAGUCUACAGCUGAUCAAGAGGUUCCCCACCCUGAUGUUCUGCCAGAGCAGUCGACUGGAGACUUUGACUUCAAUGAGUUCUUCAAUCUGGAGAAGACUAUGCCAGGACUGGCUUCGAUGAUAGAGGAUGUUUUGGGGGAGGGCCCUGUAUCAGCCAGCCGCUUCAGUCAGUGGUUCUCAAGUAACAUGAGCCCUUCAGGCAGCCAGUCCAGUAGUCUGAGGUCUACUCCUCAUGAGGAGCUGGAAAAACUUGCAGGGCUUGAACCCUGUGGUACCAACCAAGAUCCUGCCUCCUUCUUUACACCUAUUCAGUCAUCGGAUUGCAGGGAGAAGGUGGACAUCCUGGAGUUGCUGCACAAAGCCAAGAUCGACCUGAAGCCUCUUCUGUCCACCCUAUCAGUAAAUAAAGCUCGGCUCCGGGAGAACACUUCCACUGGAGUGGUGCUCUCGCUCGAGGAGGUGGAGGGGGAGAUGAAGGGGAUGAAGUUGGGCUCAGGACCCCAGGCACGAAAGGUUCCACCUCCACAGAGGGGAAAUGGUACACCCUUCAUGGCUGAGCAUUUAGAGGAGGCCUUGACCGGUUGCUCCAGUGUCCGGCCACGAUCACGUGACACCGACAUGUCGGCCUUUAAUAAACUAGUCAGCAGUAUGAAGGCAAGUGGAACUCUGCCAUCUCUCCCCAAAACCAACACCAACAAUAUUUCUCAUUGUGCAAUGCAGCAACCAUCAGAAUCAACUCCAGUGACCUUGUCUGAAUCCCAGGUGCCUGCACAGCAGCAGAAUAACAUAUUCCAGGAGCUCUUGGGUGGUCCUGUUCGUAGUGGUUCCCCUAUGCUACUUGGCAAUCUGUUGGGCAGCUCUGAGGGCCCAACAUCCUCUGGCCCUCUUCAUGGCCUACUACACAAGGGCCCUUCACCGCCUCUCUUUCCACAGAGGGCACCUUCACCUGACUACUUCAACAGUCGAUUGCAACAUACAGCUGGUUUUCCUGUUGGUCCCCAGCCCAUGCUACCAGGACAUUUUGGUGACAUACACAGGUCCAUCAGUCCUGGAUCUGCUGCACAACAGAUGAGGGUGAUCUCAGUGCCCGUGAAUCAGGCUGACCUGGAGGCACUGGCAUUCCAGCAGGACCUUGCUCUACAUGCUCAUCACACAUUUCAGUCCAACUACAACAAACCACCUAUGGACAAGUCUUUUAGAAAUCGACCACAACGUGUUAAUCGCUCCCCUGGUCCAGGCUCUCAACCUGCGGGGAGAAACUCUCCAGGCAACCCUGUCACCAGCAUGUUGUCUCCUUCAUUUACACCCACAUCUGUAAUACGCAAAAUGUACGCAACAAAAGAGAAGAGCAAAGAUGAACCAUUUAGUCGUUCGGAAAACAAGGAGGACGGAACAGCACACUCUCAUGAUGACCGAAGCUCUCCAAAUCUAUACCUGGAAGCGAUUGAGGGGAAUGCAGCCCAGGUUGGGGGAGCAAAGGCCGCCUCGCACACUUUACAAAGCAAGGACCAGGAGCGUCUCAGGCCUGGCUCUGCAGGAUGCCAUACAUCAACCAUGGCACCUCCCGGAGCAUCUUCAUCUUUUCCUCGGCCAAUUUACCCAGUACCGUUGUUAUCCCCCCAUGUACCCAUGGUACGUCCUCCUCCUCCCCCCCAGCUCCACCCGAAUGUGGUUCAGCGAAUGCUGGCCCAGGGUAUCCAGCCCCAGCAGCUUGGACCUGCUCUUGUGCAAGCCGGCAUAUUUCCACCACAUGUUGACCUUGCACAACUUCAAGGCUUGCCUCCUGCCCUUCUUGGACAACCGCUGUACCCACUAAAUGCACCCGGACAUCCACUUCUACCUCCUAGAGCCAGUACUCAGAUGCAGUUAGCAGUAAUGCAACAGCAACUUCAGCAACAGAGACCAAUUCAUCCAAGUGUUCAAGGCCAUCUGUCACAGAGCCAAGGCCCCCACCGGACGAAUGGCUCUCAGGGACACGGAGGCCCCCCCCCUCUAGGCCUUGCAAAGUGGUUUGGAACAGAUGUUUUGGAACAGCCACUCCCCUCAAUGCCGGCCAAGGUCAUAAGUGUAGAUGAAUUGGAGUUGCGGCCAUAAAAAAUAACUGUGCUUGAUGGCAAGAUAUAUAUAUUUUUCCUUUUUUUUUUUUUUGGGCAGAUCUCCUCCACCUCGUUACCAUAGAAAUGUGAAUUUUAAUUUGAAAGACAGUGCACAGAACUGGAUAGUAUAACAUGUCAUUUCUUCAACCCUGAAAUCACUGCUUUGAAGAGGUGAUUGAUGGAGAUGUUUUUUGUAGCAGAGUGAAUUUUUUUUUUUUUUGUAUUAGAUAAUGCACAGUAAAUAUUGUAUAGGCCUAAUUGUACAGACCAUGGAAAACGAUGUUAUGCUCCCUGUAAAUAAGUAUGGUGGUUUGGUUUCUUCUUGUCUGGGUAUGGGGAAGGUAAAAGUCCUGCAAUUCAAUUCAACCAAAAUUGAGAUGUUACCAAGAGCUGUUAGCAUUCCUCUGUCUUGUCUACCCCUGACCCUCCCCUCUCCACGCAUUGAGAAAGGGCCACUGCUAAUGACAAAUAUUAGAUUUGAGUAAUUUUGUGGUAUGGCUUGUGGCCUUUUUCUGUAGAGGUGACUGGUAGGAGCAUUACAAGACAACUCCAGGCAAUGUUUGUGCCUUUUUUUUUCUUUUCUCUUUAAAUGUAUCCUCUCCCAUCCAUGUCACUAUUGGGGACAGCACUACUCUCACUGUCAAUUUUUUUGAGGGUGUUUGGGAUGCAGUUAAUGUGCUUAAAGCACAAAUAGAAUUAAUAAAUAAAACUUAAGUAAAAUGGUUUAA